AUGCACAAGGGAGACCCUGGAUUUGGUUUGCCUGGACUUCAGGGUCAACCUGGUUCUCCUGGAUUGAAAAAAUCACAAGGACCAAAGGGAGAUUCUGGCUUUCCUGGAACUCCAGGAUCCCCUGGAAGAACUGGAUUUGACGAGGGUCCAGGACCAAAAGGUAUGUGAAAAAACCCUAUAAGGACCCUUUGAUUGGUCAGUUGGACUUAAAUAGACAAUGAACCUGAGAGAUGUCACAACACCUUAUAUAAACCUGCUCUUAGUUCUUAGAUAGCCUUGAACCAAUGGAAGAAUAAUUUUCUGCACAAUUCUUUCACAGACCAUGAACCUCAGAGAUGUUAUGUCAUAAUAAAUAGCACAAGUAUAAUUAACUUUCCUUCCUGUUGUCCAGAAAAUUCUGAGACUUUUAUUUUGUCUGUAUUGGAGAUUUUCAUUAAAACUCCAAGUAUUCCCCCCCCCCCCCACACUUAAAAAUGUAAAAAAACACCCGCAAUUUUUUAAAAUGUAUUUAGCACUGAGCAGUGUUUGUGUGUUUGAAUGUAAGCAUGUUUUUGUAUGGCGUAUGUGUGACUGAAUGUACGGUUGUGUUUGCACUUAUUAGCAUUUGAAUGCAGGCGUGCAUUUUUCUGUAGUGUGGUUUUUGAAUAUGGUGGUGUGUUUUUAUGUAGUGUUGACAGUUGGAUGCAGGGUUGUAUUUGUGUGUAGUGUAGGCAAAAUUAUGAGAUGUAUGCACAUAUAGACACACUGGUACACAUACACAGACACAUAGGUACACACAUGCAGUUACAUAGAAAUACAGACAAACACAGACACAGAUACACAGACACAUACAGAUACACUUAUACAAACACACAUACAGAUACACAGACACACAUGUAUAAGUGUGUGUUUGUAUAGUGAAUGCAGUGUGUUUGUGUAGUGGAUAAUGGUGGGAGGGGGUGAUGGUUUGAAGGAGGAAGGGAGGUGGGGGGGAGUAAUAAUAUGAUGGUAAGAGAGAGGGGGUGAUGGUAAGAGGGAGGGGGGUGAUGUGAUAGGGAGAGGCGGGUGAUGGUGUGAGGGAUGGGGAGAGGGGGGGAUGGGGAGAGGGGGGGGACCAUGACAGACUAAAUACCUUAAUUCCCUGAUGGUCCGGUGGCCAUAAUAUCCAGUCUGCAGCUCCACAGAGCUGCAGACCAUGAAUCUCACGAGACCCAGUCAGAGCGUUGCCGUGGCAACCGGUGGCAAUGCUCUGAUUGACCAGAUCUUGUGAGACACAUGGUCUGCCCCUCUGCUCACUGCGAAGCUGCAGACCAGUGUCUGCGAUGGGCGCAGUAGGGACAUCUCACCUGGCGGCAUACUGAGCAAGCCGCCGGGCCCCCUCAUGGUGUCGGGUCCUCAGUCAGUGCCCCAGGACCCGACACAGUCAUGCCUGCCCCCUUUAGUAUGCCACUGAAUGACUGCAUAUCAUUUUAACAAAGAAAAUUGGCAUUUUGUAUUCGUUUCUAAAACAGGGGUAGGCAACCUUUUAGUAGUACUGUGCCAAAACAAAAUCUUGAAGUGAAUCUUGUGCACAUAUAUGUGUAUCUAGGAGUGUAGAUGGCUUCCCUAAGGUCCAGUGGGGACUAGGUCGGCAGGAACAGGUCAAUUACAGGAGGCUGUUUUACUCCAGUAUGGAUUCUCAUUCACAAGUGCAGGGAGGAAAUGAUCUAAGAUCACUUCUUCUAAGUGAUGCAUUGCAUACAUUUAGGACUGAGCCCCCCACAAUCAGGUAAAAUGUUGAACAAGUGACUUAAAAUGCAUAGACACAAUAUACUUCCCAUUAGCUGUGCCUAAACAGUCUGUAGGGUUGUACAGGGAUUAUGCGUGUGAAUUGUCUGUUGGGAGGUAUUUGCAAGGGUCUUUAUGUGUGCACUAAUUAUUGUUUCACUAUUUCUUAAAAAAGUUAUUUGUAAAGGUUAUUAUAAAGGUUUUUUUUGUUUGUUUUUUUGUUAUUCCCUCCUCCUUUUUGACUACCUUUUGCCAGGGAAGAAGGCAUGAAUUAUUUUUGUUUUCUGGUGGUCCAAAGUUUGCAGCUUGCGGUCAGCACCUUCUGUGAGGGCAGACCAAUCAACCUUCCAUCUUCAUUCCACUGUACAUUUCAAGUGAGACAGAUAGUUGCCAUGGAAACCCUCUGUACUGCGCUUACUCUCCAAGAAGCAUUGGAGAGAGGGAAGGUUAAUCGGUUGUGUCUGCACUUGCUGGAGUUGGAGAAGAAAAACUACCUGCCGCUGACAGAAGGGUGCUCUGUGUGUUUUGGGGGCCAUCUCUGUGCCGGCAGGGAGAUCAACAGAAGAUGGAGAACACCAUGGUACAGAGCAACGCCUCAUUCCAUCCUGCAAGGCAGCAUUGGGAGCAAGUGAUUUAAACUCACUUCCUCGUGGCCUGUGGAGGCAGUCACACGGGAAAGCCCUGCUACAUAGUCUACAGUGACUCACUGUCAGCCUCACAGGGAAGCCAUCCUCCUCCAGCACAAAGGUAGGCAAGGAGGAGGGUGGCUGAAACAGAGCUCAAUGUGUGUGUGCCUUUACCUAUCUAUGAUAUCUAGAUUUAUCUCAUUUUCAAGUAGGUCCUGGGUCAACAAAAAAAGUAUAUGUAUGUGGUAGUGUGUAUCUUUGUGUGGCAUUAUAUAUUUGUUUGUAUAUAUGUGUGCGUCAAUGUGUCCUUUUGAAUGGAAGUGCAUAUCUGUGCUUGUAAUAUGUCUUUUGUAAGGGUGGAUCUGUGAGUGUUCAUGUAUGAGUUAGUAAGUGUAAUAACAUGAGCAUGUGUAAAGUGAGUUUAUCUAUGUAUGCCUUUUGUUUGAGUACAGGGUCUGCAUGAAUGUCCAAAGCUCUAGGAGGGGAUCUUGAUAUGGCCUCCUGCCUAUGGCCCUUUGCAAUCCAAAUUUGGCUCUCCUCCAACUGGCUGUUAAGAUCCUCUGAUCUCCCCAACUGGCCCAUUUGGGUCCAGCAACCUCUCUUCAUUAACAGAUUUGGCAGUUAAAAACUCAACAUGGUUUCCAGAUGUCACAGAUAAUUAGACACUGCAGUGUAUGUGUCUAGCUAUGUGUAAAGAAGCAGUACAGAAUUUGUAUUGAUGAGACUUUGUGGCCUAACAGUUAUUGUCACACUAUCCUAUGAUUAUUCAGACACUCCAUAAAACCCAUUGAUAGAUGUCUUUCACAGGCAGAGUAAAAUAUAUAUUUUAAAGGACAAAAAUUUCAAUUUCCGGCUCCUAUUUAAUGAAACUAGUUUUGUCAGAUGCUAAAUGCUACAGUUUUGAAGAUUAUCUCAUGAAGAUAUUGUUAUUGGUGGUGUACCCCUGCCUCUUGUGCUGGUCAUAUGUGAAGGCCAUUAUUUUUUAUAUUAUUAAGUCUCAGCAUUUAUUAGGUUUACCACUGUAAACCUAAACUGUAAACUAGUUAAAAUGUUAAUUUAAUUUAACCCCUUAAGGACACAUGACAUGUGUGGCAUGUCAUGAUUCCCUUUUAUUCCAGAAGUUUGGUCCUUAAGAGGUUAAAUACUUGAAUUACAGAAUCAACCUUUUUAUAGGGUUAAAGAGGCAAUUGUUUAGACAAUCUUGAUAGUAUGGACUAGCUUGCCCAAGCCCUGCAAACUCUGAUGAAUUGCACUGCAUGUCUGCAACCAUAAGGGCACACUCCAUCAGCUACCGCAGUUGCUACUGGAACAGAUGUGUCCACAGAGGGUGCUUUCUCUAACCUUCCAUCUUAUAUACACUAUGGGGUGGGCCCUUAUGCUUGUUGGGGCAUUUUCAAUCAAGUCUUUGUUAUUUUCACGCUUUAACUUUGCCCUUACCUAUAGGCCAAGCAUUAAGAAUUUUAAAGCAGAUGCUUUAUCUUGUAAAUUUGAAACACUUUUACCUACUCAAGUUGAAUUUUUACAGAUUAAUCCCAAGUAACCUAUUGUUGUUUUCAUUAACAUUACUAUUUGUUCUGAGCUGCUACAUACCCCAAGGGAAAGAUUGGAGGAGGUGCUGUAGCAAACUCCCCUGAACAAAUUGUUUGUUCCUCCCAACUUAUGAAAAUAUAAUUAAAAUAUAACGACAAUGUGCCAAAAUUGCUAGUUUCCCAGGAAUUAAAAAUACUUGUUUUCUCAUAGCUUUGUAUUUCUGGUGGCCCUCUUUCAAAAAGGAUGUAAACGAAAAAUACAUACAAACCUGUACUGUAUGUAUUCAAUAAAAAAAAAAAAAAUUCACGCUUUACCAUGUAGUCUACUUAAACCACUGGCCAUUUCAGAGAAACCAUGUUAAAUAUAUUGGUAGACUUCAUAGUAAAUAUACCCAAAUCUGGUAUCAAUACGGUAAUUUUAACCAUUGUAGACAGAUUUUCUACAGAUUUAAAAAAUUGUCCAUUUUGUACCUUUAGCUAAACUACCCUCUUCCUUGGAAUUGGUGUAAAUAUUUGCCUAAGAAGUGUUUCAUUUACAUGGAAUAGCCGAUGAAAUAGAAUCCAAUAGUGGACCAAAAUUCAUACCUUAUUUUUCGAAAGAAUUUACUACACAGCUAGGGAUUAAAUUGUGCCUCACUGCUUAUCACCCAAAAUCAAAUUAAGCUGCAGAAAGAACCAAUCAAGGUUUGGAACACUACCGGAGGUUUUUUAUUUUUAGUCAUCCGCACAAUUGGACGGGGCUGCUUACUUGGGCUGAAUAGACCGGCAAUAAGAAUUAACGUGAAUCCACUCAACAAUACUUUUUACCUCGAUUAUGGUUUUAAUCCCACUGUUUGAUAGACAUAGGCAAGCAUAGUACCAAAAACAUUAGAUUAAAGGUUCUGAGGAAGAAAUUUGUUCCACGAUAUAUUGGUCCCUACAGUGUUUGAGAUGGUUGAAUCCUGUUUUGUAUAAAUCACAAUUUUAUUAAUGACACGGAGGCUCCUAUUAUGCUAUCUCUUUCUUACUUUAUUCCUCAGCAGCAAAGAGAAAUAUAAAACUGAAAGAGAAAAAAUGUAGAUAUGAAAUAUAAUAACAACAGGUACAACCAGAUCUGCCUAGUAACAGGGCAGCCAAUCAGCUUAGUAGGAACAGUCCAUAAAUGUCUUGCUUAGUACUUCCACUUCCUCUUUCUUUGCUGCUGUCCUCAGACCAGCUAAGUAUAAUUUUACCUCCUGUAUAUUGAUCUGUAUUUUGAUUGUCAGGGUGAUUUCUGCCCUGAUUAUUUAUAUUACUUAUUGUGGAUAAUGCCUUUAGUCAUUAUAUUUGUGUUUUGAUUGUUUAUAUCUGUUUUCUUUCCCCUUUGCCCGGUCUCCCUGCUUGUGCUGUAUUUCUGUUAGCACAGGCUGGGACCUGCGGCUCUCAGGGGAAGUCUGUUGCACUUGGUGCUUCUGGCUCCCUGUUCCCUCCUCUACCCUCGCGGCCGCGUGUGUGCGGCCGCGUUAUCUGCCGGCCUGAUCAGUCUCCUCGCACCCGCUGGUGCGAGGGAGUUCCCGGCCACGUGUGUACCACGCGCUCCCCGGCCAUUGGCGGGGGAGGAGCGCCGGGUACCCGCGGCGCGCUCUGCUCCCGGCGGCCAUCUUGGCUUAUCGGCACGCACGUGGCUGGGUCUGCUCGGCGGGUCGGCUCCCUCCUUACCUCCCCUUUCGUUUACCUUUACUGUGCAGGUAUUUGUUGUGGGUUACUCAACCCCUGCUAGGUUGUUUGUGUUAGGUCUAUUUCAUUCUAUCAAUUUCUGUCCCUGUUAGGAUUUUUAAAUGGGACCCACCCAAGCAUAUAACUAAUUACCUAGCCCUCCGCAUGCGCACUCCUCUGUCCAAGGAGGGGCGCAGCAAACUACGGGCUGAAUGCCCAAGGCCUUCAGUGCCUGAUUCGGCGUGCAAGACGCCAGAGGUAGAUCCUCAAAUUACGCAGUUCCUGGCAAAAACGGGCUGGAAGCCCAAGAAGGGGCUGGAGUUCUCGCUCCAUAAUUGUCAGGACAAAAUAUUAGACAACCUGGGGCCCGCUGCCAAGCUGUAUGAGCUGUUAGAGGCCGGGGGACAACCCCCUGGAUUUUGAUGAAGCAAUAGGAUGGGUGCAAAGAUUGAUUUGCCUUCUCGGCAACGCUAACACGGCCAUGUCGGCCGAGUGCCGCAAGGCGAUUUUGCUCAAGAUCGAGCCAAAGCUAGUGAAUCUAGCUGUGAAAGAACCGGGUGCUUCCGCCAAGGGUAUGCUUUUCGGAGAGUCCUUUGUUAAGGACCUGGGCUCCUUUGUGCGCGCCUUCACUGCCCUAGACAAAGCCCAGUCUAACUUAAAACGGGUCUUUAGCCCAAAGGUUUUCCAUGGGGCAGGGAGGUACAGGAGCCGCCCGCCCGGCCGUGGAGCUCGAGGUCCCACACGGACUCACAGAGGUUCCUUUGCUGCCCCUCGGCCAUACCAAGACUACAAACCGGCUCCAUUCUUUCCCUCACGUGGGAGACCGUGGCAGAAUCACGGUGGACGCGGUCAACCCUCAUACAGGCGUUUUCUUAUUCAAACGUGGGUGGCAGACUGGCACUGUAUUUCGAUAUGUGGGGACUGAUCACCACAGAUGUGUGGGUUCUGAAUACGAUCAAGGGUUUCCGCCUCGAUCUGUUAUCUCUCCCUGUCCAGGUUUUGACACCACAGGAACUGAGAUUGCCAGCAGAGCAGUCCGAUCUCAUUACCAAGGAGAUCUCGGAACUUCGGCUCAAACAGGCAAUACAGGAAGUCCCAUACGACCACCCGGGGUUCCUAAGCAACCUGUUCCUUGUUGCCAAGAAGGGCGGAGGUGUUCGACCGGUCAUAAAUCUCAAACACCUCAACGGACCUCAAAGAUGCCUAUUUGACUAUUCCAAUGGCAGAGGAACACUGGGACUUAUUGCACUUUACGUGGCAAGGACGUCGAUGGAGGUUUACUUGUCUGCCCUUCGGUCUCUCUUCAGCACCUUGGUGCUUCACAAAGGUGAUGAAGCCGGUAAUGGCGUUCCUCAGGUCGCGGGGAGUACGCAUGAUUAUCUAUCUAGACGACAUACUGAUUAUGUCCGCGUUCCCCGAACAACUUCUACAGCAUCUAGGCUGGACGGUGGAUCUUCUGGAGAACUUGGGUUUUCUCAUAAAUUGGGAAAAAUCCAUGGUGUCUCUGACGCAGAGAAUAGAAUUUCUGGGUUUCGAAGUCGAUUCGGUCGCCCAGUUUUUGUUCCUUCCGGAAGCCAAGUUAAAGGCUAUGAAGAAGGAACUAAGAUGUACUUUACGGACCACCAGUCUCUCCAUUCGGCAACUGGCGAGGGUCAUUGGUCUCUUGGCCUCCUCCAUUCAGGCGAUUUUUCCAGGACCCCUACAUUACCGAGCCCUACAACGGCUGAAGGGAUCCCACCUUCGCUCGGGCGGUUCGUACGAAAGCGAACUGUCCCUGGACAGAGACUCCAAGGAGGAACUUCGGUGGUGGUUGGACCAUAUGGAGGCUUGGAAUGGUCGAGCGAUCUUCGGCUCAGCCCCGGAUAUGGAAAUAGAAUCGGAUGCCAGCCUGCAUGGCUGGGGACGCUCGCUGUGGAAAUGUCUCCACAGGUGGCAGAUGGUCCGAAAUCGUAUCAACGCUACAUAUCAACUGUCUGGAAUUGCUGGCGGGAUCGUUCGCAAUUUGCAGCCUGUCUCCAACCCUGGGAAACUGCUGCAUCCUUCUGUGCAUGGACAAUGUGUCCGCGGUCAGGUAUAUAAAUCACCUAGGUGGCACGAAGUCAAAACAACUGGCGAAUCUAGCGAAGGACUUCUGGCAGUUCUGCCUUCACAACGCGGUGUCGGUCACGGCCGAACACAUCCCGGGCUUGGACAACGAAUGGGCGGACUGGAAUUUGCGAUACUUGAAAGACUCAGGAGAUUGGCAUCUGUUGCCUUCGAUCUUUCAACGGAUAGAUCACCUAUGGGGCCCGUUGCAACUGGACUUGUUCGCAUCCAGACUGAAUGCUCAACUACCCCGUUACUCCAGUUGGAGACCGGAUCCAUCAGCCACGGCGGUGGACGCGUUCCUGCAGAUUUAGCCUCGGGGUCAUCACUUUGCGUUCCCCCCGUUCAACCUGAUCUCUUAGACGCUGGCAUACUUGUCCGGACAAAAGUGCACGUUGGUGGUGAUAGUUCCCCUAUGGCAGACUCAGCCCUGGUUUCCACGUCUCUUGGAGAUGGCGGAGGAGUGUCCACGAAUGAUCAGGAUGCGACCAGAGGUGCUUCUGGAUCCGGAUGGGAACUCGCAUGAGUUAGUGGACCAGGGCCUACUCCAGCUCACGGCUUGGUUGAUUUCGGGGGACCCUGGUGUGUCUCGGACGUUCCGCAGGCUACUACAAGACUCCUGGAAAAUGCCUGGGCACCGGGUACCAGAACAGCUUACAAGUCUGCAUGGCGUGUGUGGUCUGGCUGGUGCGUGGGGAGACUGCUGGAUCCCCUUUCUGCCCCUCUGAAGGAAGUGCUCAGCUUUCUGACUGCACGUUUUGAAUCUGGUCUGGCCUAUCGCACUAUCAAUGUUUAUAGGUCGGCCAUCUCAGCCGGACAUUUGGGUAUUAACGGUUCACCGAUUGGACAACAUCCUUUUGUGUGCCGUUUGUUGAAGGGUAUUCGUUACUCCAGGCCUCCGAAAUCAAGAUAUUCAUCGUUUUGGAAUGUUAACGUGGUACUGGACUUCUUGGAAUCAUGGCCCCUUAAUGAGGACCUAUCACUGAAGCAAUUAUCCUGGAAAUUGGUUACGCUCCUGUGUCUCCUUUCAUGCAAAAGGGUCUCAGAUGUCAGGGCUUUGGACUGGAACGCGUUAUCCUUCACCCCCGAGGGAGUGUCGUUUAACAUCUCUAGGAGGACUAAGACGUCCUCUAAGUCAGUGACCUACCCUAGGUGUUCAGUCCGACCUGCUCUGUGUCCGGUAGCUUGCCUACGGGCGUACUUGGAUCGCACUCAUCUAUUGAGAUCAUCGGAUUUAUCCCAAUUGUUUAUUUCCUUUAAGAAACCGUUUCUCCCGAUCUCCUCGACUACGUUGGCUCGUUGGAUUAAGAAUCUUUUAUCUGCUGCAGGAAUCGAUACUUCAAUUUUUUCGGCUCAUUCGGUCAGAGGCGCCAUGGCGUCUAAGGCCUCCACUAUGGGAUGUCGUCUGGAUGAUAUCCUGAAGGCAGCGGAUUGGUCCCAUUAAUUGUGCACUGAGACCCUUUGAACGUUUAAAUAGGUGGAUCCAUGAACGUCAAUUAGACUCUUAAAGUGAUAGAUUGGAAAGUGAAGUGAACCAUUACAGAGGGGUCAUGUCAGUAGGCCAGAACAUAACUUAGCGGUCUGCCAAUCAUGGGAUGCCUUGAUUCAGCAGGACGCCAUUCCUCCAGUCCCUGCUCACUCUUUUGGCCUCUAUGCACACACCCUUUUUAAUGACACGACGCACGCAUUCCUGCAUCAUGAUGUCACUGACACCAAUUAUCAUUGUUUCCCUAGUCCUCACAUUGUGGGGACGUGGCUAACUUAAUUAUACUGUCAGCCUAUAAAAUAGUGGUUGGCCAAGUGCACAGUGCCCUGUUGUGGUUACUUAUUAUCUAAGGCACUCUAAGGACCUCUAUACAUACCUACUUUUCUCUGUCCCUCUCUGGUGAGUUCAUAUACUGCAUGUUGGGUUAUAUAUCAGUGACAGCAGUGCUUCUACUAAGUGUUUUUAUGUAAAUCAGCCCCACAAUUCUGAUAAUAUCUGGAAUUGGAUGCAGAAUAUUGUUUUUAAUUAGGGGCCUCUGUUAUCAACAAAAUGUAAUGCUGUCAUAUGUGUGAAUACAAGUAUAUAUAAAAAAAAAAAAAAAUAAUGAGCGGGUUAAUUGAAACAAAACCUGUUUAAAUAUAAAACAGCUGGUGAAACUCUUAAAGAAGAGUUCCAUAUUGAUUAAUAUGAGCUUUGGUAAUUUAACAAACAGGCUAUAUUACUGUCCGUCACCACAGGGUAUCCGAUCUGUGCUGAAUUUAUCUCCUGCAUCCUUGAACGCAGCAUGAGCUCUCAUCUUGACCUUUCAGGCCUAGGGGAUUGA